AUGAAAGAGCAUAGUGUAAGGCGUGCGCUUCCAUUAAUAAUGACUGAUGAAUUCUGUUCCAAGGCCCAGGAGAAAGCGUACUCUAAGGCCCAGGCUGCCUCGGGGAGAGGACUUCGCGUGGGGAGUCCGGUGGAGCGAAGGAGCCAAGCCAUUGCUGGGAAGUCCGAAGCUAAAUUUUUUGACAAGAUACUUCAAGAAGAGAUUGGGGAUCGUUCUGCCAGGCGGCCCCUUCGUAUUGAAGAUUCUUCCGAGAAGCAAACUUCCCGGCCACAGCCUUCGGCCCCCGAACCAAACUCGGGUGCUCCCGGUGCUAGCACCUCCGGUGCCGGCGAUAUCUCCAUGGAUGCCAUCCUGGAACAGCUUGCCGGGGUUCAUACUCCCGUGGCUCCUCCGGCCUUCACCUCUUCUCCCCCAGCCCCUUCCUUGAAGGUUUCUUCCAGCGCUCCCCCGACACUAUUGACUUAGUGGAUGACGAGGAGGUGCUUCCGGGAGAAGGCCAAGGGAAAGGGUGGGACUUCUCGGAGGAAGCCGUUGAGGGUGCAGGAGAGCCUCAAGCCCUUCCGGAGGUAGCAGAGGAGGACGAGGAGGAGCCUGAAGUGGCUCUGAUUCACAAGCGUAAGGGCAAGAUGGUUGCCCAGGAUGAGCCGAAGAGGCCUCGGAGAGCCGACACUCCUGCCCAUGGCCUAGACGGCGGGGUCUCCCCGAUGGAGGAAAAUCCUGCUCCUCCCCACA